AGCCUCGGAGAAUGUGCAGCCAAGUACGUCUGUAGCGUCCGUGGUGUCCGCAAGUUCGCUAGUUGUCCCGUCUUUUGCCGUCUGGAACGUGGAGCGAAGGAUCUUCUACGCGCAUGUUUCCUUGAUAGACUACAGAGUACCAGGUACCAGGUACCAGGAUGUUCCAUAAAGCGUGGUCAGCCCCGCCCAGGACUGGGUCCCAGAAUCCUGCGAGGCAGAGUCCUACGCCUGCGAGGCAUAUACACUUGGUUUUAGUGCCGGUCUCUGAUUAUAGUAAAGCCCACUCUGAACCUGUUGUUCCAGUCUCGGGCUGUCUCUGUUUUCUCAGUCAGUCUCCAAAGCAGGCGCUGAAACUAUUGCCACAAGCAAGUGCAAGUGUGUUGCUUACAGUUUUCACCGACUCGUUUGCUCGUUGCUCGUUUGAGAAGUCGAAAGGUUUACCCAGGAGACGGAAAAUCCGGAAAAAGAGACGAGAGAUGCCUGCAAAGAAAAAAGUUGAAGGCAAAGCUAAAGCCGGGAGUGGGGAGUCGCUGCGUGGGGAUACAGGAUCUGCGGCAACCGCGACUGUGGUUCGGCGCCAAAUGCCGCCGCGCGCCUGCAAGAGCAAGAGCCAGAGCGCCGCCAGUCCCAGUCUUAGUCCCAGCCGGCAGCAGCCCAGCCGCUAGCAGCUCAGCCGCCAGCAGCCCAGCCGCCUGGCCAAGAAGCCCAGCCAGACGCCGACCACCGGUUCCCAGGCGCCAUCGCAGACCAUCGCAAAGUCGAGGCUCACCGGUCUCGAGACGAUUUUGAGCGGCCCGGCGAUGAGGACGCCGCCCAGGUGGAGGACGAUGACCCGACCAGCAGCCAUGCCGUGGCAUUCGGCGAGUGCCAGCGAUCCGGCCUCGCCCUGGGUACGGGCGAAAAAAAAAGAACCCUGUCGCAGAAGCGCUGCCUGAAGGUACGCAACACCUUGGGCGAACGCAGCACCCGGCACAUGAUGAAAAUGCGGGCGUUCCAAAGCGAGCGAUUGAUACGAUACAUUCACGAGUACUCAUGCCCAAGCCCGAGCCCGAGUACUCUGUCCAGCAUCCACAUCGGGGAAUCAACAUAAAUGGGUGGCUCCGCGGACGGUGUUCCAGCAGUCGCGCUUGGGCGGUCCGAGUGAGCAGUAACGGAUCUUCUGCAGAAAUCACUGCAUAGAUACUGUUGUGAAAUCAUCAUCGUUCCUUCUGUUUCGUAGAUCAGACGCGUUUUUGUUUGGCGCUCCGCAUAUUUUCCCUUUGUUUUACAUAAACAGCCGGUGUUUUCUUAAAUAAACAUUAAAUACCUUUCUAAUCCACCUACUAUCUGUAAACCUAUUCUAUUCCGCGAGUGCAUGCCUUUUGAUUUGUGUUUAAUUAUUAUUUAUUGAACUUAAAAUUGUUCGGCGUCGGGUUGUUGUGUUUGAGUUGUUGCCGUGAGUACAUUACAUUGCAUUACAGCUCUCGUCUCUCGUCUUGUAGCUUUUGUUGUUUUAUCACUCUCUCACUAUCACCUCAACUU